AUGACUAUUAUUAAUCGAGAUCCUGCGACGUGUGCAGUGCUAAGCGAGUUUCGGACGCAUCAUGUCGCAUUAAAACUGCAAGUAGAGAUGGAAAAGAAGAGAAUCGUUGGUACGGCUACGCUGUCAUGCAAGCGACUGAGUGAAGCUGUAUCAAGUAUGCGCCUGGAUGUGUUCCACUUGGUAAUUCACUCAGUGUACGUCACUUUGCCCAAGAAAAACACAGUUGCUGCUAAAUGGAGUAUCAAACCUUUUACAUCGUUUGGAGAAACGCUAGAGAUUGAGAUUCCAGAGGAAUUGGCGCAAGCGAGUGUGUUUGAACUCAAGAUCUGCUAUGAGACAGAGACGGAGAGCCCCGGCGUAUGCUGGCUUGAAAAGGAGCAAACGGCAGGCAAGCAGUUGCCCUUUAUGUACACUCAAGGCCAAGAAGUGCUGAAUCGCAGCUUUUUUCCGUGUCAGGACUCGCCAUCAGUGCGUGUCACAUACACCGCCUCAGUGAUUGUGCCGAAGGAGCUGGUAUGUGUUAUGAGUGCUAAGAUGUGCAGUGUGGAAGAGUAUGUACACGAAGAAGUAGAUGAGGGAUUCACUACAAUUAAGAAGAAAUUCAUGUUUGAAAUGGAGCAAUCCAUUCCAGUGUACUUGGUGGCAAUGGCAGUGGGGGACUUAGUCGAAGCAAAAGUAGGCCCGCGAUCAAGUAUUUGGACUGAACCGUGUAUGAUUGAAGCUGCUACAAAGGAAUUUGAUCAUGUGUUGGAGGAGUAUCUGACUAUCGGUGAAAAGCUUUUUGGAAAGUAUUUGUGGGAACGCUACGACAUGUUAGUCAUGCCGCCCUCGUUUCCAUAUGGCGGAAUGGAGAACCCGCGUCUUACUUUUGUGUCACCUUGUACAAUAGCUGGCGACAAAUCGCUUGUGUCAAUUGUGGCGCACGAACUGUCUCACUCGUGGUUUGGUAACCUGGUCACAAACGCAACGUGGAGCGACUUCUUCCUCAAUGAAGGCUUCACGAUGUACGCGGAGCGACGCAUUACUGAGAUAUCACACGGCCGGGUAUUGAGCUGCCUCGACGCCAAACUUGGAGAAGCUUUGUUGCGUGAAGAGAUAUCCUCUCUUGGAGAGCAAUCGCCUUUGACGCGGCUGCGCGUACCUCUUGACGAAGGAAUUGAUCCUGGUGACUGUUAUAAUAUGUGUGCCUAUGAAAAGGGUUAUGCGUUUGUUUGUUACCUCCGAUACUUGGUCGGGUCCGAUCAGGUCUUUGAUGAUUUUCUCAGACAGUACUGCGCCGAGUUUCGUUUCCAAUCGAUCCCAGCAGAAAGCUAUCCACCAUUUACGCCUGACUUAUCAGACGCACAAGAAACCAUGCAAAACUGUGAGUUGUUGGCGUUCUGUUGGUCGUCGUCAUCCAUUCCGGUACAGCCAAGUGUGCUCUAUCUGACGGAAGCGGCCAAACAGUGGGAGGCUCGACGGAUUUUUUACUUUUUAGACUGCUUCCUCGAGACAAAGUUCUCGAGUGCCGAAGUGGUGAUUGCCCUCGGCAACACACUUAUGCUAUGGGACUCGCGUAAUACGGAGAUACUAUUCCGAUGGGCGUUGGUCUUGAUCAAGAAUGUUGUCGUUAGCAAGCUGCCAGUUGUUCGACGGUUUCUCGAGAUGCAGGGCAAGCAGAAGUUCCAACUUCCAGUCUACCGCCUGCUCACCUCAAGCCCUAACGACAAAGUGCGCAAAUUUGCUGUCGAUACGUACGAAGCUACGAAGAGCUUGCUGCAUGUUAUGGUUCGUGACCGCAUUAAUUUGUUACUUGAAGCUAUGAUACCAGUCAACUGA